CAGAACUCAGACGCCGGCAGUCGCAUAAGAAACUCUGCGGCAGAUAGUCGACUCUACGGUGCGCUAACCACCGCUAUCGGCCGGUCGCUUUCUCGAACGUAUUUACGAUAGACAACUAUUUCUAUAUAAUUAUUGUCCGUGUCCUGUGAAUAGUGAAUAUGGUUGUGUGAUGAAAUAUAUAAUCAACACAAUGUCUCUUUAAAUUUUUCUUUUUAAGACUGUUAAAAAAAUAAUAAACUGUCCAAAUGAAGAUGACUGUAAAUCGAAUAAGAGUGGUGGUGCUUGGUAGCCCGCGAAGUGGAAAGUCGGCGGUGGUUGUGCGUUACCUCACGAAGCGGUAUAUUGGAGAAUAUAGUUCGACGGGAGAUUUUCUUUAUCAACAUCGGGUGGCAUUCGACGGAGCAGUCUCGGAAGUUGAAAUUCUUGACACCUCUAACUGUGCUAUCCGCGGUUGCCUCGGCGAGCACGUGCGAUGGGGGGAUGCAUUCGCCGUAGUGUAUUCCGUGUGUGAGCGGCGAUCGUUCUUAGCGGCCGCGGAGUUACUGUCUCUGCUCGAACGCACCAGGCUGCCGGGUUGCGCCGCUAUCACCCUCUUGGGCAACAAACGUGACCUCGAGCACGCCAGGGAGGUCCACGCAGAAGAGGGUCAAGAGCUGUCACUCCGUUUCGGCUGUCAGUUCUACGAGGUGUCCGCCGCGGAAUCCUCCGCGGGGGCAGCCCUAGCCUUCCACGCCCUACUCCGAGAGGCGCGUGCGCUCGCCUUGCUACUACCCGCACCUAGGAGGAAGCUGGCUGCCUAUUCCGUAUCUAAGGUAAUCGGCACGAUAUUCGGAAAGAAUAGCAAGAGUGUUCGAAAAAAACGACCAUCGCUUAGCAUCUAAUUAUUUAUAUUUCCAUUUAUAGACUGCGUUAAUAUUUUUAAUCUUUUCUUUUUAGUUGAUCAAAAAUAUAGAUUUGUAAAAUUGUGAUAUUUGAGUAUCUCAUACAUUAAGGAGGCUUUGUUUGACACAAUUGUUAACAAAAUUAUUCAUGUGUUUAAUUUUAAGUUGUUAUACUUUAAGAGGGUUGGUGAUCUGAGGUAAUAUUAUUGAUUUUUUGCGUGUAUCCUUACAUUGGCUAUUACUCUCAGGAAAUAUUAUUCACGCACUAAAACAAUUUCAUCUUUAAACAUACUAGCUCAUUAACCUUCUUAAGAGGUUCCAUGUAUACGCCAUAAUCUAAGCAUAAAAGAUAUAAUUAAAUUAAUUGAACUGUAAAUAGUAUGAAAUAACUGUACAUAUACGACUUAAUAUUUAAUAAUAAACCUCGCAACUCAGCUAUAAAGAUUCGACAGAUCAUUAUUGUAAAUAAAUUAAACAAUAACACUUAAUGUACUUGUAGCUAUUAAGUUUACAAUUAAAUAUAUAAUAAAUUUUUAAGACUA